UUUUUAUUUUUUACAUUUUACAGUACACCAUCCAUUACCAGCAUGUUAUAAAAAAUGUAUUGUUAAGCAUUGGAUUAUUGUAUAAAACUAUCUAAUUAUAUUUAUAAAUACAUACAUAGUCAAGUCAUUUUCUCAUGAUUAGAAGAGUAGCCAAGUACAUGUGUAGGGGAAAAGAGUGAUAAAAAAUGGGUCAUCAAUGCUGCAGCAAACAGAAAGUAAAGAGAGGAUUAUGGUCUCCAGAAGAAGAUGAAAAACUAAUUACCCACAUCACCAUUCAUGGCCAUACUUCUUGGAGCUCUGUCCCCAAAUUAGCAGGUCUUCAAAGAUGUGGAAAGAGCUGCAGAUUGAGGUGGAUAAACUACUUGAGACCAGAUCUUAGGAGGGGCUCAUUUACAGAGGAAGAGGAGAGAACCAUCAUUGAAGUUCAUAGAAUACUUGGAAAUAGAUGGGCUCAAAUUGCCAAACAUCUCCCAGGUAGAACUGACAAUGAGGUCAAGAAUUUCUGGAACUCUUGCAUCAAGAAAAAGCUCCUUGCUCAAGGUUUAGACCCCAACACUCAUAAUCUCCUUCCUACCCAAAACAAAUCCAAAACUUAUAUCAACAAUAAUGCUUCUAAACCUUCCAAUCAUCAUCGAAUUUCGUUGAAUUCAACCUCAUUAAACUUCUCAGAUGAUCAUCAGUCUCAAUCAAAUUCAUUGCCUUCUGAAGACACUGAAAUGCAGAAUACCAUCAACUUUGAAUGCAAUCAUACCAAUUUGGGUGCACUAACUACAGAGCUCACUGAUGCCCAAUUCAUAGCACCAGAUAGUAUGAACAAAUCCGACCCAAUUACUGAUAUGGAUGUGGAUAAUUUAUGUGGAUAUAUCAUCGACGAAAAUCCGAUUUGGAGCACUACACCAAGCUCGGAAAACUUCGAACAACCAACACAAGAAUCCCAAGUGAUGCUACCUCUUGAAGAGACUGUUGGUGUUGAUAGUGAUCAGAAUUUUGAUGCUUCUUUAUUGAGCAUGUUUAGUUACAACUAUGGGUUUGGAGAAUACCCUUCUACUAAUUUACCUAAUAAUUAUCAGCUGUAUAGUGAUAUUGGGUCUACCAUGGAUCAGGUUGCAUGGUGUGAAACAAACAGCUUUCAGUCUGGCUAUUUUACAGCUUGAAACUUUGAUUUGGAUCACACAUUAAAAAGUAAUUAAAAAAAAGAGUUGGGAAAUCCUUGGUACAAGUAGUUAUUAAAGGUGGAGACUUCCUAGACAAGUGUGAAUAUGUGUUGGGAAGAUUUUUUUUUAUUUAACUGUUCUUUUGGCAGUUGUAUCAAAUUGUGGAAAUUUUAAUGAAUAUUUAGUGUAGUUUUUAUAAAAAACCCUCUAGACAAGUUUAAUGUUUAUAUUUGUUCUACUUCAAUCAUUUCAUUUUC